AGGGAGGGAAUUGAAUCCCAUGCUCUGAAUAAAAUAUUAAUUUUUUUAAGGAAAAAGAAUCCACGCGCUCACACGCGCAGUCUCAGUCUGAGUAUAUGUCUACCCUCCAAUGUUCGUCGAUGACUCUCACUUGAACGAAGACGCACACACCUUUUAGCUCUCUCUCUCUCUCUCUCUCUCCCCCUCUCUUUGUCCUUUUUCUGGGUUCAGCCAAUAUGAGCUCAAUCGUUCAGGGUUUCACUAAGUCACUGGCCAUGACCAUUCUCUCUGAGAUCGGUGACAAAACUUUUUUUGCAGCUGCGAUACUGGCCAUGCGACACCCCAGACGUCUUGUCUUGGCAGGUUGCCUAUCGGCUUUGAUUGUGAUGACCAUUCUUUCUGCCCUUGUUGGCUGGGCUGCUCCAAAUCUGAUAUCUCGAAAAUGGACUCAUCACAUUACAACAUUGUUAUUCUUGGGGUUUGGACUUUGGUCAUUGAAAGACGCAAUAUUUGAAGAAGGGGAUACAGAAGAAUUGGCUGAAGUUGAAGCUAAAUUGGAUAAAGAUUGGAAGGGUAAAAAUGGAGCUACAAAAGAUAGCAAAAAGGGUGAUGAUGCCACAAAAAAGUAUAAACGGUCAUAUUUAUCUCAGUUAUUUUCUCCUAUCUUUUUACAGGCAUUUUCUAUCACUUUUUUUGGUGAAUGGGGUGACAAGAGCCAGCUGGCUACCAUUGGUUUGGCUGCAGAUGAGAACCCAUUUGGUGUGGUUCUGGGAGGGAUUCUGGGACAAGCAUUGUGUACUUCUGCUGCUGUUGUUGGAGGGAAGAGUUUAGCUUCUCAGAUAUCUGAAAAAAUCGUUGCUCUCUCAGGUGGAAUUCUUUUCAUUGUUUUUGGAAUUCAGUCGUUCCUUGCUCCUUUCGAAUCAUGAGGGUUGUGCUAUUGAGAGAUUGCUAGGAUGCUGGCAGAUGAGUUCAGGAAGCGUGUUGUGAUAGUGGAUACGUCCAAUGAAAUUGGAGGUGAUGGAGAUGUUCCUCAUGAAGGCAUAGGCAGGGCAAGGCGGAUGCAAGUUCCAAACGUAAACAUGCAGCAUCAUGUUAUGAUUGAAGCAGUUGAAAAUCAUAUGCCUGAAACCAUUAUAAUUGAUGAAAUUGGAACUGAGCUUGAAGCAUUGGCAGCCAGUACCAUUGCUCAAAGAGGAGUUCAAUUGGUUGGAACGGCACAUGGAACAUCCAUUGAAAACAUAAUAAAAAAUCCCUAUCUUCAGAUUCUUGUUGGUGGCAUAGAGAGCGUAACCCUUGGGGAUGAGGAAGCCAGGAAAAGGAAAGUGCAGAAGACAAUUCUUGAAAGGAAAGGACCUCCUACAUUUACAUCCGCUGUUGAGAUGAUAUCUAAAACUGAAUGCCGUGUUCAUCAUAGAUUAGAUGCAACUGUGGAUGCCAUUUUGGCAGGUAAACCUCCAUUAUUUGAAAUCCGACAAUGGGAUGAUUAUGCCAGUGAUUUGGUCAAAUAUGCUCCAGUGCCUGAAAAAGAUCAUGAAGAACCAUCUGAUUUAACUAACAAUAAUAAUAUCAUGGGCUCUGACAUAGAACCUGGUAAGGUUGAUAAAGACCAUCCUCGUACUUGGUCGAAGAAGUGGAGUACUAGUGAAUCUGUGAUCAAGAGGAGUUCACCAAUGCAAGUUUAUACUUACAAGAUUCUUGAAGCUGAUCUACUACAAGUGGCAAAAGUAAUGGGUCUGGAAGAUGUAAUAGAUUUGACCGAUGACAUUGGAACUGCUGAUGCAAUUCUAGCAACCAGUUCUGAGAUACGUCAAAACCCGUGGAUCCGUGGUGUGGCCAAAUUCCACCGCUUGCCUGUUUUUGUCAUCAAGUCCAAUACCAUGGCGCAAAUGGUCAAGGCAGUGCGUAUGAUCCUUGGGCUAGACUCCAUUGACUCUACACCAAAGAAGCCAUUAAACGACUCUCUGGAUAUUGAAAUUGAGGAUGAUGAACCGAAACGAAAGCCGUCUCUGGAAGAGAUUGAUGCGUUGGAGGAGGUCCGGCUUGCAAUAGAGUACAUAGUGAUUCCUGGUGGAGAGCCUGUGGAACUUCUUCCUAGACGUUCUGAAAUUAUUGCUCGGCAGCUUGAACUUGUGCAAAGUUAUCAGUUGGCUGCUGAAAAUUCAGGUACCGAACAAAACCCCAGGUUGCAGAUUCUUCCCUUGAGGCUGAAUCCCAAAAAACCCUCUAAAUCUAGUUCUGUUGCCCGCAAGAAAACUACUGAUGAUGGCGGCAAUGGUACCACUGUUACCAGGCUUCCUAUUUUGCCCGAAUGAUUAAAAUUAUUCUCCGAUUCUAACAUAUUUUCACUUCACUGGUUUGUACAUGAAACAUGUACAGUCAUGCAAGUGGUGUAAAUAAUUUAUUUAAUGUCAAAGAGCUUGUAGCUCAAUUGGGGUGUGGUGACAUUUUUGACGGAAGUUUGAUCCUCCGCCAAGCUACCCAUUCCUGUACCUAGUCCUUGUAUCUCCAUUAUAUAUAAACAAAUUCAUCAACAGACAAUGCAAUGAUUUU